AUGUUUUUGUUCUGUCUUAUACUCAUUGGAGUAGAAGUGCAGAAAAAGGAUCUCGUAAGAAUAGAAGAUGAUGCAGAUUUUGAUCUCAAACCUUCGCCUCCCACUCAUUCUAUGAGAUUGCUGCAUGUGCAGCUUGUGCUGUUCGCAGCUUCUUCAUGGCUGGUUGAAGCCAUUAGCAACAAGUUACUGGAAGAUUACGAGCGUAAACUGAACAGUGUGAACGAGAAGCUGGGAGCGUGGAGACGAACUCCGGGCAAGCAUCGUUUAAAGAGGUAUCGAUGCAUUGAAGAAUAUGUGGAUGAACAUGGUAAUGUGAUAGAAGAAGGUCGGGAACAUCUAACCACACCAGCACCAGUCAACUUCGCAUCGGCGCCCAGAAGAAGAACAAAAAACCAUAGAGCUUAUGGUGUUAAGAACAUGGUGAUUGAUGUUCCCACCAAAGCGGCAAGAAUGCAAGAUCUCAAAGUGACCAUGGUGAAAAAGAAAGUAAAAACGAUGAUGAAUGCAAAAACAAAAAGCAGAGAUCAGCAGUCGAUAACUGACAACGAAACAUUUAUGAGAGUUUUCCCGAAAACCACAACAACGACGACUUCAUCUCCGACAACGGAAAUCAUUGACGAAGCUGAUGACUCAUCUGAUGAAGUGAUUUUGAAGAAUUUCUUUGAACCAUCACUCGAAAUGAAACUUCAAAGACCAGCCAAAGUUGAAGCAGCUGAACGACUGAUAGAAAGCUCAGCAGUCGCCACCACGUUGUCAGCACCCCCAUUAAGGACUCCUUCGACUGAUUUUCUGGAAACCUCAGAUCACUCUGUCGAUGGAGAUGUUAGCAGGGAUCGGGAAAAACGUUUAUACAGACGUCAUAGAAAGCUUGGAGGAGUUACCACAUAUUCGAGAGGCGGAGAAGACUAUGAUAUGAAUUAUGACGACUACAACUAUGUCGACGAUGAAUUUCCGUUCCUAGGAAGGAGAAGAGUGGGUGGACGACGAUUGCGACAGUAUUUGGGAUAUCCACCAAUACGGUAUCCAGGACGACGGGAUGCCAGAUUCACGAAAGUUGCUCCAUUACUGCAGUCCCAUUAUUAUGCGACACAGCAACCUCUGGAUGUACGCCCUAUGCCAGUUGUCGCUACCAGUGCACCGCUCGUGAUGCAGAAACGUCGAUCUUUGACAUUGUCCCAUCCUCGUGAAUAUCAACUUCCGCCACCGCCUCCAACCCCACUUCCACCCACACCAGUACAACCACCUCCAUUACCAUUGGUGGCACCACCAUCUCCACAAUCGUCAGCUCUGCCGUUAGUAGCACCACUCUCAUCAUCACAGACACUAAAGAUGGAGGAAUCCACUCCAGAAACGUGCCGUCGUAUGAGUAAUUUAGCGACCAUGUUUGGGAUCACCGACAUUUCAACCUAUGCGCGUCGAAACUGUCGACUCCUACAAGCAUUCGCGCCGGGACACACUUGCGAGCAAAUCACUCACUUUGUGGAUUCUUGUCACAAAAAACGUUUCUCCUAG